GACUCUACGCCUUGCACGGUGACGGCGCCCUUGGAUGACAAGGAGCGAAUGCCGCCCUUCAGCUCGCUGGCUCUGAUCCACUACUUCCUGGUUUUGGCGACGGUGAACUUGGUGAUCACAAUCCCAACGGCGAACGAAUAUGCCGAAAGGUUAGGGGCUGGUCGGCUCUUCGCCGGCCUCAUGAUUGGAAUUCUGCCCAUCCUCGGCAUCGCUGGCAACAUCUUUAACCAAAGGCUUCUUUCUUGCAUGCCAUUGAAGCAUAUCUGGAUUCUUUCGGCGCUCUUCAACGUCUUGGCUUGCGUGCUUUACGCCCUGGCGGGUCUGAUGCGCUUCAAGUGGACCCUCCUGAUCUCCCGGGGCAUCAUGGGAUUCUUUAGCGCCUUUAGUCUGCCCGGCAUCUACGUGUCCCACACGGUGGGCUUGAAGCGCCGGAGCGAGAUUCUAUUCUACUUCUCC